AUGGACAGCCCAAAGACUCCCCGCAGUCCAAAAGUUCUCUCCCAUCAUAACUCGAUGAAAAGUUUGCGGUCGGUGCGCAGCCAGAAGAGCAUGCGCUCGCUCAAAAGUCAAAAAAGUACGCAGAGCAUUCGGAUAUUCAACCAUCACCAUGACACGUAUCAGACCUGCUUUGGAUUCAUGCAUGUUAAGGUGAGCUGUGACCAUUGAACUUCUAAUGUACACUUGUUUUUCAGAUUGCAACCUGCUCAAUUGGCUUCUUUGCCCUUCUGGGAGUUUGUUUGUCCUUGAUGUACUGUGUUUUCACGUCACAAGAGGUAAUUUUCAACAUUAAAGCAUACCCUUUCAUCGAGUUUUUAUUCAGCAAAGACGUCCGAACAUGAAACUCUACGCAAUUCCGAUGAUAAUAGUCAUCAUAGCCCUACUUUACAUGUUCGUGGGCAUUUUGCAGCAGAAAGCACAUUUACUGUUUGCAUUUAUUGCAUUGCAGGUGAUUCUUAAACCUAUUCCAGUUCAGAGAUCACAAAUGAGCAUUGCAGAUUUCCAUUGUGUUCGGAAUCGCUAUCCUUAUCGUCAUUAUUCUGAUAUCCGUGGCAUGCAACACAACAUUCAUCCUUCGAUUUUUUGUGGACACCUCGCUCUCUCAAUCGGAAUACAGUGAGUGAAUGCAUUUCUAUCAAAAGAAAGUGAGAAACAGAAUAAUUUCAGCUAAAACAGCACUCACAGCCCUGGUCGGAUUGUCCUUCCAAUUAGGAAUACACAUUUGGGCUCUGCGAGCAGUUUGCGGUUGCUAUCGCUACUUCACAGACAUCCACAAGUUUGACGUGCGACAAGCCCAAGCAAACUAUGUCUGA